CUUGAAUUGAAGUUAACAUGGUAUCAGGAUUCUGAAAAUAGUGUGCACCCAAUAAAUUCUCCGCAUACAGCUGGUAGCAGACGCUAGCAGCGACACCUACCCUCUCUGGGCGAGCAAGCGUGGCUAAUCAAGGCACCAAAAGAAAAAUGAGCAGUUCCGAGGAGGUAUCAUGGAUCUCGUGGUUCUGCGGGCUCAGAGGAAAUGAAUUUUUUUGUGAAGUUGAUGAAGACUAUAUACAAGAUAAAUUCAAUCUGACUGGUCUCAAUGAACAGGUUCCACACUAUCGUCAGGCAUUGGACAUGAUCCUUGACCUCGAACCUGAUGAUGAACUGGAUGACAAUCCGAACCAAUCGGAUUUGAUAGAACAGGCUGCUGAAAUGCUGUAUGGUCUUAUUCACGCACGUUAUAUUUUAACGAACCGAGGUAUUGCACAAAUGAUUGAAAAGUAUCAGUCUGGUGACUUUGGCCACUGUCCACGUGUUUACUGCGAAUCGCAGCCUAUGUUGCCACUAGGACUCAGCGAUGUACCAGGCGAAGCAAUGGUCAAAAGUUACUGUCCCAAAUGUAUGGAUGUCUACACUCCUAAAAGUUCACGACAUCAUCAUACUGACGGUGCAUAUUUUGGAACUGGAUUCCCACACAUGCUGUUUAUGGUGCAUCCCGAAUAUCGACCUAAACGUGCUGCUAACCAGUUCGUGCCCAGGUUAUAUGGAUUUAAAAUUCACCCCCUGGCUUAUCAGAUUCAACAACAAUCUGCUGCAACCUUCAAAGCUCCAUUAAGAACUCUCAACUAUAACAACGGAAAGCGUUAAAACUUUAUUUAAAUUUGAAUUAGAAAAUUUUCAUUCGUAUUUCGUAAUACAAACCAUAAUUUUGUUGAUAAGUUUUAAAUAAACUGUCACUUGUUUUAUAAA